CAUUACUCACGAGUCUUUCACUUCAACUUAAACACCGACCAACAAAAAAUUAUCUUCAGAUUUUUGGAGGUUAUCAACGUUUCACGUUCCACCUGACAUUACGUCAGCGACGUCAUCUGCCAUUUCCCUGCCCUGUCAUUCCAUUGUCAAAAUUCUUCGGCAACGUGCUCAGUGGUGUUAAGUGAUGGCUGAUGAAACCGAAAAAGUGCUGCAAAACGGCACCGCAGAGCCUCCCAAAACAGCGAAACAACUGGAGAAGGAGGCCAAGAAGCAGGCCAAACUCGACAAACUUAAGCAAAAACUAGAAAAACAGCAGAGUGCUGCUCCCAAAAAAGAGAAUGAGAAAAAAGAGAAGAAAAAGGAGGUGAAGGAAGCGGCUGUGUACAGUAUUGCAACCCCUGAGGGUGAAAAGAAAGAUAUCGAGCAUUCUUUGCCUGAUGCCUACAGUCCGGGAUUUGUGGAAGCCGCGUGGUACCCGUGGUGGGAGAAGCAGGGCUUCUUUAAACCGGAAUAUGGGAGAAAAUCCGUUUCUGAGCCAAAUCCAAAGGGGAAGUUUAUUAUUAUUAUUCCACCACCUAAUGUCACAGGAUCGUUGCAUCUUGGUCAUGCAUUGACUAAUGCAAUUCAAGAUUCCAUUGUGAGAUGGCACAGAAUGCGAGGUGAAACAAGUUUAUGGAAUCCAGGAUGUGACCACGCCGGCAUAGCCACUCAAGUAGUGGUGGAAAAAAAAUUAUGGAGAGAAGAACAGAAAACACGCCACGAUAUCGGGCGUGAAGGCUUCGUUAACAAAGUGUGGGAAUGGAAGAACGAAAAAGGCGACAGAAUAUACCACCAACUGAAAAAAUUAGGUUCAUCCUUCGACUGGGACAGGGCUCAAUUCACCAUGAACCCUAGAUUGUCGCGCGCCGUAACCGAGGCCUUCGUACGUUUACACGACGAAGGCUACAUUUACCGAGCGAACCGACUGGUCAACUGGUCGUGUACUCUCAAAUCUGCUAUUUCUGACAUCGAAGUGGACAAAAUCGAGAUUCCAGGACGUACAUUUUUGUCGGUGCCUGGCUACACUGAGAAAGUAGAGUUUGGCGUAUUGGUGUCGUUCGCCUACAAGGUGGAAGAUUCCGAUGAGAAGAUCGUGGUAGCGACCACUCGUGUUGAAACAAUGCUUGGUGACACCGCUGUCGCUGUACAUCCAGAAGAUCCUCGGUACAAACACCUCCACGGCAAAUUCGUGGUUCAUCCGUUUUGUGAUCGACGAUUGCCGAUUGUAACCGAUGAGUUUGUAGAGAGGGAUUUCGGCACCGGAGCUGUGAAAAUCACUCCUGCGCAUGAUCCUAACGAUUACGAAGUCGGAAAACGGAAAAACUUGCAUUUUAUUACUAUAUUUGACGAUAAGGGGUACAUUUACGGGGACUAUGGCAUUUUUACGGGAAUGAAGCGCUUUGAAGCUAGAAAAGCUAUCACUGAGGAGCUGAAGAAGUUGGAUUUGUAUGUUGAAACUAAGAACAAUCCUAUGGUGGUGCCAGUGUGCAGUCGCAGCAAGGAUAUCAUCGAGCCGAUGUUGAAGCCUCAGUGGUACGUCAAGUGUGACGAAAUGGCCGCUAAAGCUGUGGAAGCUGUUGAUUCUGGAGAAUUGAAGAUCAUACCUGAGAUGCACAUUAAGACGUGGCAUUAUUGGAUGAAUGGGAUCAGGGAUUGGUGCAUUUCAAGACAGUUGUGGUGGGGGCAUAGGAUUCCGGCGUACUUUGUGAGGUUGAAGAGUAGAUGCACAGGAAAGUCAGCCCCAGGUACCGAAGCCAAUGCCCACUGGGUUUCAGGUCGCACCGAACAAGAGGCUCGCGAAAAAGCGGCCAAACAUUACAAAACCACCAUCGACGACGUCAUCCUCACUCAAGACGAAGACGUCCUCGACACCUGGUUCUCAUCCGCCCUCUUCCCGUUCUCGAUCUUCGGCUGGCCGGAAGAAACCGAAGAUCUUCAAGUAUUCUACCCGACUUCCCUUCUCGAAACCGGCCACGACAUCCUCUUCUUCUGGGUGGCGCGGAUGGUGUUCUUCGGCCAAAAACUCCUGGGCAAACUACCAUUCAAAGAAGUCUACCUCCACCCGAUAGUACGCGACGCCCACGGUCGCAAGAUGAGCAAAUCCUUGGGCAACGUGAUCGAUCCGAUGGACGUGAUCCACGGGAUUGCCCUGGAGAAUCUGCACGAACAGCUGCUUAAUAGUAAUUUGGAGCCGACGGAGAUUGAGAAGGCGAAGGCCGGCCAGAAGCGGGAUUAUCCUGAUGGAAUUCCGGAAUGCGGGACGGAUGCUUUAAGGUUUGCGUUAUGCACGAUGUGCUCCGGACGUGACAUCAACUUGGAUAUUCUGAGAGUGCAGGGGUACAGAUUUUUCUGUAAUAAGAUAUGGAAUGCGACGCGGUUCGCUCUCAGCUAUUUCAGCAGUGAUUUUGUGGCUCCGGCAACUGGGGAGUUCGUAGGGAAUGAGAAAGUGAUGGAUUUGUGGAUGUUGAGCAGGUUGGCGUCUGCUGUGGCAGAUGCUAAUCAAGGGUUUAUGACGUACGAUUUUCCAACAGUGACCACUGCUAUCUACAACGUGUGGUUGUAUGAACUUUGCGAUGUUUAUUUGGAAUACUUGAAACCAGUGUUUGCGAGUGGUGACGCAGCUACUAAAAAAACCGCACAAGUCACAUUGUAUAGAGCGUUAGAGGUGGGGUUGCGUCUUCUUUCGCCGUUCAUGCCGUUCAUUACUGAGGAGCUUUACCAACGACUACCCAGACCCCAAUCAGUGAAAGAUAACAUUCCCAGUAUAUGUGUAGCCCCAUACCCAGAGUCUAGCGAGUGUUCCUGGAGGAAUGAGACCAUUGAAAAUGAGGUCGAUUUUGUGCAGAAAAUAGCCAAAGCGAUUAGGUCUGCGCGGAGUGACUAUAAUCUACCCAAUAAAACAAAAACUGAGGCUUAUCUCCAAUGUAGCGACUCCGCUACAGAGACAACAGUUACCAAGUACAUAGAAGCUCUGCAGACUCUCUCCUACUGCUCCAAAAUCGGGGUCAACGAAAAAGCUCCUCAAGGUUGCGCCAUAAUCACCGUUUCUGACAAGUGUCAAGUGAAUUUGCUACUCAAAGGUUUGAUAGAACCAUCAAAAGAGAUCGCUAAAAUACAGAAGAAGCUGGAAUUCUUGGAAAACACAAAGAAUAAGCUGAAUCAAGCGAUGACUGCGGCCGAUUAUGCAACAAAAGUACCCCCAGAAGUACAACAAACGAACAGCGAGAAAUGGUCGCAGACCACCAUCGAGUUGGAAAGGUUACAAUCUGCAAUUCAAGCAUUAAAAUUAAUGGAAUAAUAAAGGAGUAGUAUAAUUAAUUUAAGCAAUACGUUUCGUCAUCAUGUUUUCACAGGGUUGGAUUAUAAUAAGUCAUACCUACUUUGAUAUUUUCACCGUUGUGCUCAUAGAAGAAAUUCGCUGUAGCAAAAAUUACCUAUUAUUUAUUGACUUAGUAACUUAUUGUGUCGUCCGCUUCAUCUAUUUAUUGUUUUUAAAUAAGGUGGUUGUAAAUUUAAUAAAUUAUGGAGGCAUUUACAUUUUUAAUCAGGUGAAUAUACAGUUACAAUCACAGUAUUAUAGCUUAGCCUAUAUUUAAGUUCCAUAUGACGUAAUAAAAUUUUCAAUUGUUA